AUGGAAGGAUGCUUCGAACUGACUGGAUACCCGGAAUGGUGGACACCAAGAACACCAAUCACAAAGACUUCCGCUGGAAAAGCAAAGGUGCAGCCACAGGUGCAGCCACAUGCAGCAACCACUACUACUGAAGAUCCACAAAUUCAAGGCCUUGGUCUUACAAAAGGUGAAUAUGAGAAGCUGAUAAAGAUGAUCCGUGACACUAAAACAACUCCCACUGUAAACAUGACAGGUCACAAAAUAAUUAAUAAUGAGUAUUUGGUUGAUGCUUUCGAAGAAAUACCAAAUUUUGAUGACGAGUACCAACGGAGAAAUGUUAUUGAAAGCAACACGAAUGAAGGGACAAAUGAAAAUUGGGAUUACAAUACAGAAGUUAAUGAUGAGACACAACGAUCAGGCAGUAAUAAUUCAGAAACCACAAUAAAUGAUGAAGAACCUGAUAAUAACUCUCCAAAAUCACCAGUAACUAAUGAUAGGUCCGAUAAUCAGGGUCAAUCACUUCGACAUGAAACCGAAUCCCACUCACAUGCAUCUUCGCGAAUAAUAUCACGAGCUUUUCAUCAUUCACAACAAUUUGAAUUCAGGCAUCUUCUGAGUUCUGAGCACAGUCAAUCAGAUGUACAAUCAAACAGCAUGGGAACCGCACGAAAGGUGAUUACAGAUAAAAGAAAAUUCCAAGGUCAAAAAGAAAUCACAAGGCAUCUAUGCCAAACAGAUUAG